AUGUUAUUUGAAUAAUAUAAAGAUUAUGAGUAUAAUCGUAAGAAAAUGGAAUUGGAGAUAGAAUAUCAUACACCUAAGACUAUUUUCAUUAAGGCAUUUGGGAUUGAACUUCUUUUUAGAGAUGUUUGGCCAUAUUUAAUUGAUGAGGAUAGGAAACUUAAAUUAGUGAUUCUCAAUUUUAUUGUUCAAUAUUGUAAAACGAUGAUUCCCAAGUGGAAGACAACUGAAAAGUAUUAUGAGAAUUUCAAUCAUGGGAAUAUUGAAAAACCUAAUGAGGAAUAUACUCACACUUUUUAUUUCUUUUAAUAUUUAGACGAAUGGUCUUUGUGUAUUUACUCAACGCAACAAAAGACAUUGUACAGCUAUAUUCUUAGUGAAUCCACUUAGAGGAAAAUUAAGACUAUUUUUGCGAAAGAAGGAAUAAAGGUGGAUUAAAGAAUAAAUAUAGGGUAGACUGUGACCAUAGCUGAAGAAGACACAGUUGUAAUGGUCAAAAUGCUCUAUUAUAUAUGCAAAGAAUAGGAAUUAAUAUUUGAAUUCAAUUAAGAAGCAGCUGUAGAUUGGAGGAAAAUGGUUAAAGUAAUAGAUUUAUUCUUGUUCGAACUGCACAGACAAUACAAAGAAUAAAUGGAUUAUUAAUAGAACUAAAGCAAUUCCUAAAAGUCACACAUGCAUUCGAACCCAGACCUUUCCAUCAAAUAAGGACUCAAACCAAUAGAAUUCAAUCCUGAUAGAUCCAAAAUUGGAGAAGCACCUAUGUUAGAUGAUUCGCUAUAUUCUAUGAAAUAGCGUUCCUCAUUUGAUAAAUCACUUAGUGUUUCGAGAGUGAGACACGGCAAAGUCACCGAUGAGAUGAUUGAAUUUUCAAAGGAAGAAUAUAAUUAUCUAAUUGAAUAAUUCAAAUAGUAAGUCAUUUAGGAACUUAAACAAAUUGAACCUUAACAUCCAACUGUGUUCUUGCAGAAAUAUUUGAAAGGUAAUGGAGAUUUGAUGGUUAAGAAAGAUGGCUCAGGAAAAGAUGAAUUGAUUGUUAAAUUGAAAGGUGAAUAAUUGUAAGUGUUGCUACAAUAAUAUGAAAAAUACUAUCAAUAGUAAAUUAACAAUAAAUAGUUUGAAUAACAGUAGGAGUAGAUGAAACAACAAUAUUAACAAUAUAUUCAAUUCCAAUAGUUACUCAAUUAUUAUUAUCAACAUGAUCCUCCUAAAUACUCUAAAUUAGUUACUGAAUAUUAUAGCAGAUUGAAUGAGUAAACAUUACAAAAUUUGAAACCCCUCAUCCCAUUAAGUACGAAAUCAUAAGAGUCCUCACAAGCAAACAUUAGUUAGCAAUCUCUCAAAGUUCCAUAUUCUCCUUAAAUGCAAACACUCUCCUAUAGCAAAUCGAGUGAUCGAUACAACAAACCUAUUAAUCCAGUAAUACAACCAAGUUUCAAUGUCUCUAAAUCGUUCAGUUAAAAUUUAUAAUUGCAGAGCAGUGUUAAUAUCUCCAGAUCUAUUGAUCCUCAAUUCAAACCCUCCCCAUAAAACACAGUUGUCUGUUCAAGAUACAAUAAACAAAUCACCUAUUAAGAGAUCAAUCUUUUACAAAAUAAAGGAGAAAUUACUGAAAAUCAACUUAAUUUUUAUAUCAAGUAUUUAGAGGAGAAGCAGUCUUCUCAAUAGUAAGGGACUCUGAAACAAUUAAAAUUGAGAAUCUUCUAUCUAUCUACCACUUUCUACAAGACUUUAAUUAAAGAACAUAACAAUCCUGAUAGUAUCUCUUAUCAAUCUGCUUCUGUUUACACGUCCAAAUAUAUUGGCAAAGACAACACGAUAUUUGAUAAAUUUGAUAUCAUUCUUAUACCCAUCGUGAUUGCAGCUGGAUUAGAAACCAUACUCAUCAAUAUCAAUCUAGCUUAAUAAACUAUUUAUUUUUAUGAUAGCUUAAUUAAUGGUGUUGGAUCAUAAAGUAUGGCAUAAUCACACAUAGCCCAAAAUGGUUUAUUGAAUAAUCCAUUUUUGAUGUGUUGUCUAAGAUUCUUAGAGAUGGAGUAUAAUUAGAAAUUGAUGAAGACUUUAUCUUUGUUGAAAUGGAACAUUGUCUACUCUCCACAUGAAAAAAUUAAAGAAAACUCAAAAACGAAUACUGUGAUAGCCUUCUUAAUGACACAAAUUUCUAAAGGUAUUUAAGUUGAGAAGACCUUUUCAAUAUAGCUUGAUCUGGCUAAAUUUACUUCAAACCUUUUAAAAUUUUUUUCAUAACUCGGUAUUACUCAGAAUAGAAAGAAUGAAUUAAAUAUCGAGAAAAUGGUAUUAUGA